AUGAGCAGUGAUCGCCCUCCCGUUAAACGUCGUCGCCUCGACUUAGCUUCCGCGCUUUCGAAACCCUUCAAGUCCCCGUUUCGCAAGCCGUUGGCCGUCGACCAGGACUUGCCUCAGCCCACUCCUCGAACGCCAGAGGCAGCUGACCCCCUCAAUGACGAGGAGAGUGCGGGUCCCGUUCCGACGCGCCUGGUAUUCCGUGCAGAUUCAAUUGCAGGUGCAUCUUCCCCGGAUGCUUCUUUUGUUGGCCAUCUACGCAAGUCUACUCCUCGACGCACCGGACUCUCGACACCGGCACAAUCCCCUCAGGGCGACACGGAGAUAUUCAACUUGCAAAAGCAGCAGCGGAGGCUGCAGUCGCGACUGGCCUCAUUACGUACGGAACUCGACAAUGCAAGCCAGGCUCAUCGGAUCGAAUCCUCGACCAAGGAUGCCGAGCUGGAAGCCUUAAUCCUCAAGUGGCGACUCGUCAGUCAGGAUGCAGCCGACGAGGUCUUUACAGGGGCCCAGGAGCGAGUCAAGGCUAUGGGUGGUCUGGCAGCUUGGAGGGCGCGCAGCAGGCUAGACACGUCCCGAUGGGAUUUCGAGAACGAGAAUCACAAUCGCGAAGACGAGAAUGAAGAAGGUGACCAGCCGGGCUAUUCGGGUGGCAAAGACAAUGUAAUCGAGGAAAACGAGGGAGAAGAAGAGGAGUUCACGAUGGAGUGUAUGCUGAAGAUGCUCAAUAUCAGCCCGAAGAUGAUCGGCCUCGAUACUUCGACCGGAAAGUGGAUUCGAUAG